UCAUCACCAUAUCGCAGUACCACUGCAUUCUGAUGCUGUCUACGUCUCACUCGACUCUGCAUCGUUUCUAAGGCUAUCAUGCAAGCUCAAGCUAAACCUCUGUUCUCUGAAGAGGGGAAGAACCUCGGAAAACCAGGACAUUCACUAGCUCUCCGCUAUGAGCUGCUGCUUAAGGAGCUAUCUCACUUGCCUCAGGGGGCGGAGCUGGCUGGAGGGGAAGGGAGCCCAGCCAAGCGAUCAGGGCUCACCCAUACCAGGGUCAACACUUGCUUCCAGAUAUUAGAUGAGGUGCUUCCCAGCCUGGGCGUGUACCAGAGAGUCAUGAGGCUGCUGAGAGAUGAGCUGUUUGCUGCAGUAUACAGUCGUGAGUACACCAGUUCCAGCAAGAGGGACCCGGGCUCCCCUCAACCCUUGCCUUACUUUGUUCUUGCCCAAAAACUCAUGUCCAAGAGAGCGUCAGAUAUGAGCAAACUCAAGUCGGAAAUAUCCUCUCUGGAAGAACAACUGUACACGUGUGAGGCUGAUCUUGAGAAGGCAUCCAAUACGAUUGAGUCGUGUCGUCAUGACAUCAAGGACAGGGAGGCCAAGAUUCAUAGACUCAGCUCAGAUUUUCGACUGUGCUGUUCUGAGAAUGAGAGGCUUCAGAAACUGGAGGGGCAGCAUCAGAGGGGCCAAGAGAGACUCAGACAAGAGGCAGAAUUCAGAAUGAUCUCUUUCAAAAGCACUAUAGGGACACUGAAAGAGGACAAGGCAAGACUGCGUGUGUACAAGGGCACUUAUGACAAGCUCCAAGAUGUUUUCUCUAGUCCUAGCUCCAAACAACUGCAAAAGAAGUCCAUCACCAAAGCUAAUGUUAAGACCGAGCUAGAGCAACAAAUAGCCUCGGCCAAUCUACUCAAGAAGCAGCUACUGGGAAUGCAAAAUUUACUCAUACAAGAGUAUGAUGUGUGGAUCAACAGCCUGACAGUUGGGGAGCAACGGAGUGACCAGAUUCUCCCAGCAACAGUGAUCUGCAGUAAAAAAAAUUUCCGGCAGAAUAUUGCAGAGAUCACCACAGAACUAACGCUAUUGGGGGACCACAGCCGGUGCCUAGUGGAGAGACAAGGUCAACUGAAAAAGCUUGGAAAAGCCUCAUCCAACACUGCCCUAGUACUCCCAGCACACCCGGACAAUCCUCUAGUGCCACAACAGCAGGUCACAAGCAAGUACGCCAUCAUGGUGCACUCCUCUAGUGAUGGCGGUGGCAGUUACUACUCUCUGAAAGAGGCCCAGCUCUGUGACAGCUGUGGACACCAGACAGUUGUCUGCCCACAUAAAGCGAUUCGAGGAGACAUGAUAAUUCAACUUCCUGUCAACUCCACUCAUCUGAGAAUCAGUCGUCCGUCAUUAACUGUUCCUGAGCACACGACUACUGUCACGCAACCACCACCCCAAUCCAAGGAGGAGCCGUCUGAUAGAGACCCACUAGCACCGGAUUUGACCAAACUGUGGGGCCUGUUCAGAGCCAAGUACCCACACUUUGUUAGUAUCGUACCAAGACACCUCACAUCAGAAGCAGUAUUAAGUUUGAUUGAGCAGUUUUAUGGAGAGCUCUUUAACCAAGAUGGUCGUGCUGCCUCUGGAGAGGAUCAGGACCCAAGCAGUCUUUUGGACCUCUUGUUUCAGUACCUGAAUGAGAGAUAUCACAUUCACAGCAUAGCUUCUCAAGUGACGUUUGAUUUUCUCACCGCUCUUUCAGAACACCACUCGCACUACACGGAAUUGAGUGUGCUGUGCUCUGUGUUGUGCGGUCAGGUGGAUGGAAGUACAUUCCGCUACUUUCUCUUAUUGGCCAAUCACAUCAAUCUCCUGCUCACCUCCUCUGUCCAUGAGGUGUCUCCAUUCUUUUCCAUCCUCUACCCUUUCCUACAGGAUGAGGACGUAGAGCAGUUGGCUAUGAACUUUGUUGCUCACGGCAAUAACAAGAUCUCCAAACAGCUCAUAAUGGAGUUCUUUGUUCGGCUGCUGCUAAGACACAAGGAACCACUGGUACUAAUGCUGGAGGGUAAGUUGAUGGAAGUCCCGACCAACAAGCCGGAGGGUAUGUUGGAGGCGGAGUUUGCAGAGGCUAUGGAGGGAUUAGUACCCACCGUCUCAGACCAACUCUGCAAGCACCUCUUCCUACAGUGUCUCAUGCAGUACCAAGCUGAUCAUAAUACAAGAAGAGAGCACCUACCUGUCAAGAAACUCUCAUAUAUUGCUGCCUAUCUCUACUCCCUCUGCAUUGAAAAGACAGUACAAGACAGAGUGGAGGAGCUUGUCGUCACGAUGACAGCUCAAGAAGAGACCUCUAAAGGACAGGGACUGCGCAUGACAUUGAAAUCUGUUAGAGUAGUGGCAGAACGAGUUAGAGCUUUGUCAUUGUGUAUGAAAUGAAUGAGAAUUUAUACUACCCUGUCAGUAGGUUUGUAACCAAUGUGAUAAUGUCAUGUAGUACUAAUGUGAUGAUGUCAUUA